GCUGUGUAAUUGGAGAUUGGCACAUUUAAAUUAUUUGAGGUAGUUUUGAAAUGAUUCAAGUCUUGCUUCCUGCAUAUAUCCUAAGGAUUUACGGUGUAAUACGAUAUGUAUAAUUUUUACUUCAAAAUGGCUAUGCUUGAUGACACAAAUGGUAACACGCUGAACAUUAACAACUCCCCUGUGGAACUGGUAGGCGAUGGAACUGCACCACGCGUAGAAGAUACGUCGAUCGCUGUACUACACGCGUCGUCUACUGACGACUUGAGUCAAAGUUUGUCUGAAUACACGGAUGCAGAUGAAAGCAUAUCAGCGCCCACAGAAUUGCUGGCGGAAUUUUUGUCAGCUGUUAUGAUACGGGACUACGUUAACGCGCUGCGAUACUGCAAGCAAAUUUUAGAAUAUGAACCCAACAAUUCGACAGCACGUGAUUUUUACCCGCAUAUCUUGUCGAAAAUCGACACAAUUCAGGCUGGCGAGCAACUGUCUGGUGAAAGCGACGAAAAUGAUAAUUUGCAAUGCAGGUCACCGCUGGCUUCAUCCUCUUCGUCACCGGUGGUGAGCCGUUCGCCGUGCUCAUCCAAUCGAUCCAAUUACUCCUCGUCAGUUUCCAUUGUUUCCUCUUCCGCAACAUCAGCUUCUGGCUUCGCUAUAGAAAACAUCGACCAAGACGAAGUCAGUAUGAUGUGUAGUGACGACGAAAGUGACGAAUCAUCGCAGCUGUGCGGCGCGUUCUCCGAUUCCGGUUCAACUAGCGGUGGUCGGUGUCAAGAAAACGCCGACUGGCGUGUUCCUGUUUCCCUACGCAUACACAGCGAUUCUUGCCAGCAUAUAAGAACUUCACUACGCAAGUACAGACUAGGGCGAACCUCGUCAAGGUCGUGUCGCAGCGUAGAAGAGGAAAGCAUCCGGCCGCAAGCUUCACUAAGCGAAAACAACACUUCUCAAUCAUAUUCGAGUCUUUUGCUGGAAGACGAUGAAAAAGAUCUCACUCUGUCCGAUAUUUCUAAUCUGAAUAUCGAAGAAGAUGAAACCUCUAUUGGUAAUACGUGCACCGAAAUCAGCAUGAACAAUUUUUCUAACUACUAUUUUACUUGA